AAAACUUCACAAACCGUGUCGAAGCAAAAACCAAAGUUAAUACCUUCACCGGAGCAAAUCGUUCGCAAAAUUGACUCCAAAAUGGGGCGGUUCAAAGCAGCGUUGAAGAGUUAAGACCGGUUCCUAAUUAUUCUUCUUCGUUGUUUUCAAGAAGAAAUAGGAGUAAAUAUGGCUGCAUCCGAGGGAGAAGGAAGCAGUACUUCUCGCUCUCUUCAAGACACACCCGUCUGGGCUCUAGCCACCGUUUGCUUUGUCUUCAUCUCCAUCUCUAUCUUUAUGGAGCACUUGAUCCAUCUCCUUUCCAAUUGGCUCAGAAGACACCGAAAAACUGCUUUGUUCGAGGCUCUGGAGAAGCUUAAAUCUGUGUUGAUUCUCUUGGGUUUCAUGUCUCUCAUAUUAGCAGGAACUCAAAGAUACAUUUCCAAAAUCUGUAUACCGAUUACAGUUGCAGAUACCAUGCUUCCUUGCCGUGUAAGAGCAACAACCAAAACUACCAAAGCACUAGGAUUAAUUGCUCAUAUAUGGACUGGAACAUCUGAAUAUUACUUGCCAGCUGGAAAAGAUGUUCUUGAGAAUGUUUCGUGGCAACCUGAAAGAAGAUUGGCAGCAGCUGAAACCAGUACUUCUGAAUAUUGUGAUUCCAAGGGAAAGACAUCGUUUAUAUCACCAGAAGGGAUUCUUCAGCUCAACAACUUCAUAUUUGUGUUAGCAGUUAUGCAGAUUGUCUAUAGUGUUCUCACCAUGGCUUUAGGAAGGGCAAAGAUGAGGCGCUGGGAAGCUUGGGAAAGAGAAACUGAGACAGUUGAAUAUCAAGUGGCUAAUGAUCCUAAUCGAUUUAGAUAUACAAGACAAACGACGUUCGUGCGCCGACAUAUGAAUUCUUUUACAAGAACAUCACUUCUUCUUUGGAUUAAAUGCUUCUUCCGACAAUUCUUCAAUUCAGUGGCCAAAGUUGACUACCUAACUCUACGCCAUGGUUUUAUCUCAGCCCAUAUGUCAACAAAUAACUCCUUCAACUUCCAAAAGUACAUACAACGUUCGCUGGACGAGGAUUUCAAAGCUGUGGUUGGCAUCAGCCCUUCCAUGUGGUUUAUUGUUGUCGUCUUCAUUCUUCUCGACGUGCACGGUUGGCAUGUGUAUCUGUGGUUAUCAUUUCUCCCAUUAAUUUUAGUGCUACUUCUUGGAACCAAACUGGAAGUAAUUGUAGCAGGAAUGGCUCUUCAACUCAAAGAUCAGAAUAGCGUAAUCAAAGGAACACCUGUGGUGCAACUCAAUGACAGUCAUUUCUGGUUCAAUCGACCCAAAUUCGUCUUGACCCUUCUGCAUUUUACUUUGUUUACGAAUGCAUUUGAGCUUGCUUUCUUCGUUUGGGUCACGUGGCAAUAUGGGAUCAAGUCUUGCUACCAUGAAAAUAUCGAAAUCAUCGUUGUUCGGGUAGCAUUAGCGGUGACAGUUCAAGUGUUGUGCAGUUAUAUUACUCUUCCCCUCUACGCUCUUGUAACCCAGAUGGGAUCACAAUUCAAGAGCAGAGUCGGCCUAGAAGGCCAAACGGUGCAUGCAAUAAAUCAACGGUAUGCUGAAGCAAGGGAAAGGAGGAAAAAGGGGCAGGAUGUUUCUGUACGAUCAGGAUCAAGCAGUAACAGAACCCUGGAUUCGUUGGAUUUGCAUUCUCAUCAUCACCGAGUGCUAACAAUCUCUAACGAGGGCGAGAUCAAAGCUCAUGUUUCCAACGAAUUAGCUCAUGAAAUUGUUGAAGAACAAUAUGAUCAAGGAGUUCAUGACCAAGAUCAUGAUGAGGAAGAACUUGACCAAGUCAUGGAUUCGACAUCUGAGAUUGUGCAGAUCGAAAUGUCAGAAGUUAGCACCUCUAACUCAAAAAUAUUAGAGAGUCCUGGCAUGAUCUCAUAGAUAUGAAUUCUCUUAUUGUAUAGCUUUUUCUUUUCUUUUUCUUUUUUUUAAAUAUACCUCCUGUUAUCAUUUCAUUCAUAGUUCAAUUGGUUACAAACUUUAUCAUGUACAA